AUGUCUAUCGACCAGAGAGUCCAGAUUUGGCUCAGCAACGUCCAACAAUCCACCGACGACCCUUCGCCUACUCCCGAGCCAUACCUUGACGUCCCGCCGCCUAAUCCCAUGAAACGCCGUCGAGUCGAUUCACCACCUCGCGAGAUGAGACAGGAGCACAUGCCAUCACCCAACGAUCCGCUUUACGAGAUCAAGAAGAGAUGCUUCCUACUUCAAGCUGAACUCGACAGGAGGUACGCCGAACAGGAAAAAAAUGCUUUUCGAGCGCUCAAGAAACGGGCGACCAACAACAACCAAGUGUCCUCCUCCGAGCUGCAGCAUCAAUACUGUAACUUUAUCAGCUACAGUACAGGCAAGGUUGAACGACGGCUCAUCAGCAGAAGAGUCGAGCCGAUCCCGCAGCCUUUGUCAACACCAUCCCGCGUAACCUCUGCGACAGGUUUGGGGUCCUCCCAUUCGGCACGUCCACUCCGAUCGGAAGAAGUCAAGGUCGAACCCGACACUGAACCUGUAUCGUGGCCACGGCAAAUCAAACCCGAACCCGAUCUCGAACCUAUGCCUCCUGUGCAGAUCCCACGGGAUACAAGAGUCGAGCCCUUUAUCGAACCCCCACAGACAACGUUAACGACCCUCCUCAAUCAAAUCAACGACAUCUACGCCGGUCGCGGUAUUUUCCCACCCGAUUUCCAACCCAUCCUCGACCUCGCAAGGAAAUCAAAUAGCUAUAAAGACUGGACCUGGCUCCGAAAUGAUACUUCUAGUGAUAUCUUCUCUUCUCAGCGACGUGUGUUUGGUCGGGUGCCUGGUCUUGCUCAGGGCGGCAAGAUUAUGCACCAGGCAGCUCUAUGUGCUCAAUUUAACGCACCGCUGUCAGAGUGGAAUAUGGAGGUCAUACACAGGGCUCUUGAGGUGUCUUUGAGGGACGAGAAUGGCUUUGGACCUCAGCUCAUCGACUUUAGAUCCAGCGCGGGUGGUGAAAUCAUGCGCGAGUACCAUUCAGAUCUCGAUACCCCUCAGCCUCCCGAUUUCUGCGUCUAUGUAGAACCAGCCCGUGACAAGGACGCGGUCUUCCCCGUGCUCAUCAAGCAUAUACAGAAGAAACUUAAGAGGAAGAUCUUCAACCACAUCGACGUAUCGUCUCUCAAAGAGCAACCGAUAGCCUUCCACAUACACAAUCUACCGCACAACACGACCCUCGAGCUUCAACGUGUACGAACCGCCCUCGCCGCACAAUGGGCUUUUCUCAGGGACUUGGUGCGAUUGAGAGAGAUGGCCGAGAUUCUUCGCUAUGGCUGGCGGGGCGCGGAUCCUUCGGUGUAUGAGCUUCCCGUGUUCCUCCCGGGCGUCAUCAUCUAUAAACAUAACUGGUUCCUCAGCAUCUGGAAACAAGGCGAAAGGGAUGCGAGGUACUAUGGGAUUGGCGAUACGGCGACUUCGAUUGGUGUUUACAAGAUCAUUUGUUCGUUGCAAGUUCUGCAGAAUUGGAUUAAGAAUGAGUAUUGGCCUUGGAUGCGGCGCCUUCUUAUGGGCUGGCCUUUGGAUGGGGAUGGAAGGCCUAUGAUGUAA